UACUGGAUAAAUAUUAACAGUCCAUCAUCUGAAGAACUUAAAGAAAUCACUAGGAUCUUUGGAGUUCAUAGCAUAACAGCUCAAGUAAUCAUGGCUAAUGAAGUCCGGGUGAAAUGUGACAUUUACAAGAAUUAUAUGUUUUCCUGCUACCGAACAUUAAAGCAAGAAGACGACAGUAUAUCUACCAAUCUUUAUUGCCUUUUAUACAAAAGGUUCCUCUUGACAAUUCAUUAUGGAGAGGCACCUCAGCUUAUUCCUGUUUGUCGGCGAAUAGAGCGCCUAAAAAGCUAUAUUGUAAUAACCUCUGACUGGAUCAAUUAUGCUAUACUCAACGAAAUCGUCGAUAGCCUUGCUCCUUCUGUUCAUCAAACCGAAACAAGAGUCAAUCAAAUAGAGGAAGACGUUCUUCAUUUUCGGGGUCAGGAUUCAUUCACCAUCCUUUCGAGAAUCGGGCUUUGUCGUAAAGAGAUCGCAAAAAUACACAGACUAGUCGAGAUCAAGGAGGACAUCGUCCGAACAUUGACAAAACGACUAAAGGAUUCAAAGAGACAACUUCUUGUCAUCCCAGAUGUCCCUCUUUAUUUGGGUGAUGUCCAAGAUCAUAUUCUAGCAAUGUUGAACGGCCUAAGCCAUCAUGAAGCUGUCCUGGCUAGGUCUCAUUCCAAUUACCUUGCUCAUGUUUCCAAUAAUUUGACAAAGGCAGCAAAUUCAACCAACGAGGUCGUAGGUCGACUUACGAUUAUAGCCACAGUUUUUGUCCCUAUAAAUGUUGUGGUUGGAUUGUGGGGUAAAUACUAUUACCAACGAAACAAAAAUGAACUUUUUUUGUGCACUACUGUUUUCAAUAGUAAUAAUACUAAUAUUUAUAUUGCCUUAUAA